AUGGACACAGUCUGGAUACUCUGCUUCAGUGUUAGUUCCGAACUUAACCGCGAAGAACCUGAUCAAAAAAUGAUUGUAGGAAGGAAGACUACUUUAUUUUAUAUCGUUUUUAUAACAAUUUUUUGUAUAUGUUCGUGCAGUGGCAAAGAUAAAUGUAACAAUGAAACGGAAUGUUACAAAAAAACUAAAGAAGGUAUCAACGAAAAAUGGGAAGAUGUUAAUAUAUAUUUGGAAUACAAGAAGGCUGUAAUGACCGUGCCGAAAAUUACAAAAGCACGAAGAAAUAAUCCGAGAAUUCAUGCUACAAUUCCUGAAGUUAUAAUGAGGAGUCCAAGUAUACCUGUCAACCUAAGGGAAUAUGAUAAAGGUCUUCAUAUAGCAGGUCCAUCUACGUUUCAGGUCACUUCUGAGAACUUUCUACAUGCAGAAUGUACAAAACAAUUCAAUAAAGAAAAUUUAAGCAUCGAGAAACAAGCUCAUUGUAAGGCAAGAUCUAUGGUGGUCCAUCUUCAUACUGAUGAAGGAGAGGUAAAACCCAGUGCAGUUUUAACAAAAUAUUGUUCAGGAUCGUGUAAAAUGGGACGAGUAUGCACAGCAACACAAACAGCAAAUAAGACAAUAUCAGUUCAAAUACUAUGGUACUCGGGCAAAGAGUCAAUGUGCAGAACAGUUCUUAUACCCGAAGACAGAAAAUGUAAAUGCGUGUGUUCGCAGAAUAAGUCCAGUUGUACUGCACAACAAAAGUUCAAUAAGAAAAUUUGUCAGUGUGAAUGUCAAAAUCAGAAUGAACGUCUACAUUGUGAAAAAGAAAGCUAA